AUGAAUAAUAUUUCAUAUUAAAAAGAUGAAAGUCUUAUUAAUGAAGAUUAGAAUCAAAUAAAUUAGAUUAUUCAAAACUUUGAUUAAAAAGAAGAAUAAAUUCUACUUUAAGAAAAUAAUGAGAUAGAUUAAUUAGAAGAAACUCAAAAUAUUACCUUUAAUUUUGCUAAUACCAAAACUUUUAAAAUCGAAAUCCCAGAUUAUGCAAAAUUGAUCUCUUUACAAAAAUACUAUGUUCAAGAAUUCAAAUAAUUAGUUUUAAGUUUAGAAUUGAAUUUUUAAAUUGUAAAAGAAGGAUUGAUUAUUUAAACUGAGGCAGAUGAAAAUCAUCAUGAAGGAAUUAAAAAUGAAAUAAAUAAAUAUCUUAAAACUAUUUAAACAAAAAAAUUAGCAUUGGAUUAUGAUAGUACACGUACAUUUUUUAGAUCAAAUUAUAUAUAGAUUUAAUGUUCAAAACAAGAAUAUUAUAUUAUUAAAUAAAAAAAUAGUGAUCAAAUUAUUGAAAUUCAUUUGGUAAGCAAAAAAGAUUAUUUAAAUAUUGUUGUAUAUAAUUUAGAAUAAAAAUUAAAAGGGUUAAGAAUAUUUUUCUUAGAUGUAGCUAAUCAUAUGACAUCUCCAAAAAUUAAUAUAGAUCAUAAGUAUCUACUAGCAAACUUAAGAUAAAAUUAUUUUCAAAAAAUCACUUAGGAUGAUCUUGAAAAAACUUUCUCAAAUUUAGAAUUUAUAGAUGUCAUCGACAAAUAAAAACCAUAUAGUUCUGCUAUAUUAGGAUUUCAUUUUCCUUUUGAGUUAUAAGGAAAAUCUUAAUAAUGUUAAGAUAUUUUUACAUAUAUUAAAAAAACUAUUGAAUCAUUAUUCGUUAUUUUCAUAUCAUUCAAUGCCUAAGGGGAUAAUAUAAAAUAAGCUAGAUAUAUAGAAAAUCUUAUAACUAAUUUUAGAUAAAAUAAUCAAUUUGUUUGUGUUUGCUAAGUUGAUUUAUCGUUAAAAGUAAUUGCAAUUUUAGGAACUCCUGAAGGAAUUAAAAUCAUUGUUAAUGAACUAUUAAAAUAGAAGUAAGAUGAAUUUAGUAAAGAUUUCUUUCAAACAUUUACAGUGAAUAUUCUAAAGAAAAAUUUUGAAUUUAAUCCAACAAAUUAAAUGUAUUCUAAUAAAUUAUUAAAGAGGUUCAUUUUAAUCAUAAAUAACUGAUUAUCUUUAGAAAAAAAAUGCGAUGGAAAUCUUAAGUUAAGAAUAACUUUAAAUUAUUAAAUUCAAAUCUAAAGUCAAAUUCGAAUCAUAUAGUAUAGUGUUUUUUUUAUUUAGUCAAUUUAAUCAAUUUUAUAUGUGAUCAAAAAAUUAAAUAAGAUGUUGAAAAGGUCUUGAAUACACAUAAAAAUAGAAUCAUUGCUAAAAUAAAAUAAUUCAAUCUAGGAGAGAAGUUUUUUGAGUAAAUAGAGAAAGCGCCUAUUCAAAAUUAAAUUCAAUAAGCAGUUCCAUUAUAGAAUUAGAUUUAGAAUAAGAGCUAGAACUAGAAUUAGAAUUAGAAUUUUAGCUAGAGCUAGAACUGGAACUAGAAUAGAGGCUAUUAUUAAAAUUAGAACUAGAACUAGAAUUAGAAUUAGAAUUAGAAUUAGAAUUAGAAUUAGAAUUAGAAUUAGAAUUAGAAUUAGAAUUAGAAUUAGAAUUAGUAUUAGCAUUAGAAUCAAACUGUUAAUAAUUAAAACGUAAGUCAAUAAUAAGAGACAAAUUCUGCUAAUGAGAAUUUGCUUGGAUUAUUUAUAAAUAAUUAAUAACAUUCUGAUAAUUAAGAUGAAGAAGAUAUUAUUUUCACUGAACCUAUAGUUUAAGAAAUCUAAGAUGGAACUGGUAAAAUUAAAAUAAGUGAAAAAUAUUAAUAGCACUUUAAAGAAUUGAUAGGUCAAAAUGGAUAACCAUAAAUUGGUUAUAUUUGCAUAAACGAAAAUGUGCUUAUGUCAUUAAAAGUCUUUAGCAAAGAGAUAAAAAUAUAUCCAGAAGUUAAAAAAAUUGAACGUUCACAAGAUGAAAUAAUUAUUCAAGUUAAAGUUAAUGGGAAUGCUGAAAAAAAAGUGGAAAUGUUACAAAAUAAUUAAGUUUAAAUUAAUGAUAAUCCUUAAAAUAUACAAAUUUUUGAAUUAAAACAUAAUGAAGAUCAAUUAUAUAUGGUUAAUAAAGAUAACUAAAUUCUACCAUAUAAAAAAAUUGAGAAUUGA